AUGUAUUCAAAACGUGGCGACGAAAAGCCCACCAGCGAUGCCGUCACCAUUGGUAUACCCGCCGUGAUCGUAGGCGUGCUUUUCCUCUGCGCCGCUACAACCCUUGGAGUUAUAUAUUACCGACGCUAUAAAAAGGAUCAGCAAGAAAAUCUAGAGGACGCGCAGUGGAACAAACGCGAAGAUUGGGACGUUGAUUUCGACGAGCGGCAGGGUGGUAAUCCGGGUAACUCCCGCUUCCCCAGUUCGCCAGGGCCGAUUUCCGGAUUCAAGGAGAACGACUCGUCGUAUGAGCUGUCUACUUUGAAUACUUGGGCGGAUAAACCUUGGCGGCGCAGUUAG